AUGGCCGGACGCAACCUUAACCAACUCUUUCCACCUAAGCCGACCUUCACAGAAGACGAGUUGCCGAACCAGAAUGGCAGGGUCUUCUUCAUCACUGGAGGAGUUUCCGGCAUUGGCUUGGAACUCUGCAAGAUGCUCUAUGCCGCCAAUGCGACUAUCUACAUCGCUACAAGAUCCGCCUCCAAGAUUGGCACAGCCAUCAAUGAACUCAAAUCGCUUUACCCGUCGAGUCAAGGACGUCUCGAGUCGCUAGUGCUCGACCUUUCGGAUCUCACAACAAUCAAGCUAGCAGCAGACUCUUUUCUCGCCAAGGAAACGAGACUUGAUAUUCUUGUUCACAAUGCAGGCGUCAUGAUGCCUCCCAAGGACAGCAGGAGCGCCCAAGGCCAUGAACUGCAAAUGGGUACAAAUGCUCUAGGCCCCUUUCUCUUGACCAGAUGCUUGCAGGAGAGAUUGCGUGCAACCGCUUCAAUGCAAGGAAUCGCUAAGGGCAGUGUGAGAGUGGUGUGGAUCGCCAGCAUGAUUUCCCUCGGAGCCCCAAAAGGUGGUGUCGUUUGGAAUGCUGCGAAUGACGCACCAAAGAAAUUAAGCGACUCAAUGGGUGAUUAUAUGCAAAGUAAAGUGGGUGUUGUAUUCUUGGCAAAGGAAUUUGCAAACAAGACGGAGAACGAUGGUAUCAUCUCAGUGAGCGUCAACCCAGGUCUCGUAAAGACAGAGCUGCAGAGACAUGCACCAGCUGCAAUGGGCAAAAUAAUGGGCGUCGUUUUCAAGCCGUCAAAAUUCGGGGCUUACAGCGAGCUCUUCGCAGCUUGCUCCCCCAAGGUGACGAAUGAAAAGAACGGGUCAUACAUCGUUCCCUGGGGCCGUUUUGGCUGUAUCCCAGACGAUAUUUCUGAUGGGUUUCAAUCAUCCUCAACCAGCGGAAGUUCAUUGGCAAGAAAGUUUUGGGACUGGUGUGAGGCCGAAACUGCAUGCUAUGGUCGUUGA